GUCGCCCACCGCUGACGCGCGUAUUGAACUAAUUCAUCGAGAAUCAUGCCUGAACCAGCGAAGCCAGCCCCCAAGAAGGGAUCUAAGAAGGCAGUGACUAAAACUGCAGGAAAAGGAGGCAAGAAGCGCAGAAAGACCAGGAAGGAGAGCUAUGCCAUCUACGUGUACAAGGUGCUGAAGCAGGUCCACCCCGAUACCGGUAUCUCCUCCAAGGCGAUGGGCAUCAUGAAUUCUUUCGUGAAUGACAUCUUCGAACGCAUCGCUGGGGAGUCUUCCCGCCUGGCUCACUACAACAAGCGGUCCACCAUCACCUCCAGGGAGAUCCAGACCGCAGUGCGUCUGCUUCUGCCCGGUGAACUGGCCAAGCACGCCGUGUCUGAGGGAACAAAGGCUGUCACCAAGUACACUAGCUCCAAAACUGAAGUCUGAAAUGUCUGGAUUUACUGAACCAACAC